GUGAGCAGUCAGAUGCUGAGAUACGGUUAACUCCCUUGCAUGGAUUUUCUGCGUUCGAAGUCUCGAAACUCAUCGAGCACCUGUCAGUCAUUGCCGAAGCAAAAUAUGAACACUUUCCUCGGGACAAUCUUCUGUACCUGGUUAAUUCACUUUGGUGACGGAUUCCGCUGAUAUGCUGUACAUCUAGGACCAGUUUCACGUAUAAAUGAAUGACCAAAGUCCAUGAUGUUUGGUCCAUCAGUUCCAUCGCUACAGAACUGCUGUGUUAGCUUCAUAUGUGAAAACAUAUCUGCACUUUGUGAGACCCAUGGCUCUGGAGAUGACCCAGGAAAACAGCUCCGACUGAGAAACUCAGAAGUUUAUUUCCAUGGAAACAUCUCUGAACGGAUUCUUGAGACGUUGAGCGAAAAAGGAAAUCUUAAUGACGAAACUUUGUCCUUCUUUGAUCCAGAUGUCACAUGUCUGAGAAAAGUCUGUAUAAAGGAUGCUCCAGUAUCAACCAGAGGACUACGAGUUCUUAAAUCACACAAAAUUUCAGAACUAGAAGUGAUUGGCCUAAAGAAUGUGACUGUCAAUGACUUGAUUGGAUGUCUUGGUGAAUGGACAUUGUCCAAUUUAAGAUCCUUGAAUGUGAGUAACAGCACCUUUAUCAACAGUUCCAAAUUCUGUGUAAUUGUCUCACUGACAAAGCUGCGAAACUUACAGAGCUUAAAUGUUAGUAAUACAGAAUUCAACAGACAUGGCUUGGAUAUUAUUGCCGAGGAUUUGCCAAAUCUAGAAAAACUGGAUAUAUCAGGUACUUUAAUCAACGACAUUUCACCCCUGAGAAAGUUGAAAGACCGCUUACGCUCACUGUCCAUGUACAACUUAAGAGCUUCUCAUACAGAAGAAGUGGUGCCAGUGCUGUGUGAACUGACAAAGUUGUGUCAACUGGAUGUGUCGGAUGACAUGUCCAUGCAGCCAUUUGUUAACUUUCAACCAGUGAAAUUUAGAAUUCGAGAUUUACUGAUGAGGGAAUGCGAUCUUCCAGAGCUUAGAUCAUUGGACAUUUCGGGCAAAGAGGGACUCAAGGAAGAUUUAUUAAGAGCCUAUGUGGUAUCGCAUCCCAAGCUACAGUUUUUGGGAUUAGCUUUGACGAAUGCCUGUGAAUGGCCACUGUUUGCAGAUCAGCUAUGUCCUACAUUUGGUAGAGAAAUUCUGGUAACAGGUGAGGCUAAUGAACGUCAGAUACUAGAGUCGCUCCGACGUUAUCCAGGCCGCUCAGCAUAUGUCCAGAAAGCCUUGUUUAACCUCUUUACCUUGACCCAUGGUAUGGUGGAGCCUAGAGAAGACAUUAUAGAGCUAAUUGUGACAGGCAUGGGCCAACAUCCCAAGCAGCUGAGUGUCCAAAUGGCGGCAACGGCCUGUCUCUACAACCUAUCAAAAGGGGAAUCUGGGCUCCGUGUGCAUCCAUCGUGCCUGAGGAGAGUUGUUGACUUGACACUUCUAGCUAUGGAAAAUUUUCCUAAUCACCAACAGCUUCAGAAGAACGCCUUGCUCACAUUGUGCAGUGACAGAAUCCUACAGGAUGUGAACUUUGAUAGGUUCCGCUGUGCCAAACUGGUGAUGGAAUGCCUUUGCUCCUUUGAUGAUCUUUCAAUGUCGAGAAUGGCUGUAGCCAUUUGCUCAAUUCUGGCGGCAAAGAUAUCCACAGAACAGACGUCAAUUCUGGGAGCCAAAGGGCGUUACAUGAAGAAAUUACUUAAAAUCGUGGAGGACAAGAUUCAUGCUAGUUCUAUUGAUAUGACCCUCAAGUUUACUCUCAGUGCCCUCUGGAAUCUCACAGAUGAGUCUCCACCCACGUGUCAUAUGUUCCUCAGCGAAGGAGGGUUGGAACUCUUCAUACAUGUGCUGCAGAAAGUUCAUGACCUUGAAGAAGAUCCACGGGUACAUGUGCAGACUAAAGUAUUAGGUUUAGUGAAUAACAUCGCUGAGGUGAAGACAUUAAGGCAGGCCUUGAUGAGAGAAGACUUCAUUAUGUUGGCAAAGCGCUUGCUGAAGGUACAGGACAUAGAUGUGAGCUAUUUUGCAGCUGGCAUUAUAGCUCAUUUGGCCAGUGAUGGAGAACAGGCCUGGCUGAUAGCCGGCACUGACAGAGAAGAUAUUUUGAGAGACCUGGGAGAGACUGUCCGUGAAUGGCAGCAGCCCCAGGGAGAAAUGGUGGCAUACAGGUCUUUCAGUCCCUUCUUUCCCCUUCUUAACUGCUAUGAUAUGCCUUCAGUACAACUUUGGGCAUCAUGGGCCAUUCAACAUGUAGUCACCAGAAAUGGGAAGCGUUAUUGCCCAAUGCUGGUAAAGGAGGGAGGAGUGGAGUUGCUGCGUCAGAUGGUAGCUAACCCAAAGACAGAGGCUACAGUUGUUACUACUCUCACAAACAUACUGAGCCUGCUGAAGGAACAUGUCAGAGAUUUCCAAUGAGUAAGACAGGAAGUCAGUAACUGGUGGGCAUUUCACUUGUGAGAAAUUUGAGAUAUAAAAAAUGUACUUGCAAUGUGAAAAAUUGGCCAGUUACAAUCGCAAUGGGAAAAAAAAAUAUAUAAAAAUAGAAUAGGAGGUUUAUUUGUGCAAUCAUUAGUCUGUUUGUUUUCAGUGAAUUAUUAAUUUGUGGUCAUGAAAAGAAACAGCCUAAUUAGAAGAAGAGAUGUGAAGAAUCAAUUAUUUUAGAACAGUGGUUUACAUAUUGAGUGGAAAUGAAAAUUCAGCAAGCCUUUCAUACAGAAUAAAGUGAACUUUGUGGCUGUAAUUAUCAUGAAUUUAUCAUCAUUUAUCUCAGUUGCUCUUUUUACAUUGCAAAGCAGAAUCCUGCUUGCUAUUUACUUUGUUUUAGUGGCCAUACUGGUUGUACAGUGUGCUAGACCAAUAUUACGCAGUUCAAGUUGGUCUACAAAUUUACUAGAUUUGGAUCAGAUGAAGAAUUCACAAAUUCACAAAUCGAUGAAAUUUUUCUGAGCUUUUGUUCGAAUACAUGAAAUUUCAUUUCUGUUUAUCAUUGACCCUUGAAAACACAUGCAGUAUGUACACUGUUGGAACUGCGAUAUCCUCCCC